GUGGUCGCGAGUCCGCCAUCAUAGAAUCCAAAGCCCGCCCCCUUUUUUCCCAGCGUAAAAACUCCCAUUUUUUGGCCUGAAAUUGACCACAGCCUUCAUAAAUAUCGUGGAAUUUUUGGCCUGAAAUUGACCACAACCUUCAUAAAAAUCGUAGAGAAACUCGUUAGUCAUGUAAUGAUCGGAGAACUCAUCCCCUUCUCUCAAACGGCUCUCCUCUCUCCUCAAAAAUCCGAAGGAAAUCCACCCCAAAAAAACCAUUUUUGGGGUUAAAAAUAGGAUUUUUGCGAUCCGGGCGGUGUCUUCUAUUUGUUGCAGUCUCUUCAAAUUUGAGAGAGAUUAUAGGGAGGCGGGAUUGGAUGGUAAGGAUGUUGAGGAGUUGCCUGCAGUCGGUGCUGAAGCUCGUGAAUUCGGUGAUUGGGUUGGCGGGGAUGGGAAUGAUUCUUUACUCCCUCUGGAUGAUGCGGGUUUGGUACAAGCAAAGCGGUGGCUUAGUUUCCACCCCUUCAUGGUUUGUUUACAUAUUUCUUGGCCUAGGAAUCUUCUUAUGCUUGAUAACUUGCUCAGGCCAUAUUGCUGCUGAAACUGCUAAUAGUCAUUGCCUCUCAUGUUACAUGGUGUUUGUGUUUUUGCUUGUUAUGCUGGAGGCGGCAAUUACUGCAGAUAUAUUUCUGAACAGAAACUGGGAAGAGGAUUUCCCAGAGGAUCCAACAGGGAAAUUUGAUGAGCUUAAGGAUUUUGUGAGAUCAAAUUUUGAGAUGUGCAAAUGGAUAGGAUUGUUGGUUGUGGCUGCACAGGCAUUGUCCAUCUUCCUGGCCAUUGUGCUUAGGGUUCUUGGGCCAGACUAUGGAAGUUACGAUGAUAGUGAUGAUGAUAUUGUACAUGCAAGAUUACCGCUCCUGAGAAACCAGGUUCACCACACGUCAUACACCGUUGAACCUAAUUUAUCAAAUAAUGAUUCUUGGAAAGUCAGAAUGCACCAGAAGGUUAGCAGGUGAAAGAUCUAACCAAAAUACCUCCUUUCUGGAAACUAUAAUUUCAUUAUAGUUUAUGGCAACAUUUAAUUAUGUCCAGAGGGGGGCUGAUGCUGUGGUAUUGUACUCAGAGAUUAUAACAUGUAGGUGAAAAAUAGGUACUGUAAAUGGCAUUGGAAGUGCUGUAGUAUCUGCACAAAUGUUUAUUCACAUCAUUCUUACACAGUAGUAGUUGUAUGAAGCUAUAUCACAAUGAUACAGCAAGAUGGGCAUCGGCCUUGUCUGACUUCUGACUUCCAAAGGUAAUUUGUGCAAGCUAUCAAUUGUUGUAGCAGGAGUUCUACGUGCGGUAAUGCGGUUAGGCAUGACAGCAGCCUUUGCAGCUUGCAUUUCAGCAGACAUGCUUUCAUUAACCAUCAUCCUCUGACUUCCAUAAUGUAGCAAUGCCUCCGGGGCAGCAAUCAUGGGGAGGGGCUGAUGGAAACGCUCAGCGACCAGUUUAUGUCACUGUUAUCAUGGAACUUUAUGUUGAAGGAUAUUUUUGUAUUUCUUUUUUGUGUUCAGAAUAAUUUGUUUUUGUGAAUCCCACCGAUUCCAUGACAACUAAAAAGCUUGUGGAUGUUCAUGUUUGUAUUCAUACAC